AUGUCAGUACAACCAGGUUAUGGUUAUUCGUUUUUGGUGAUGGCAUCAGAGGCCUUUUCUAAAUUUCAAGAAAUAUUUGAUGCCUUUAAUGAUGAUUGGAAAUUGGAUAAUCACGGAAAGGAAUUUCUCAACAACAAUGGCACACAGCAGGCAAGACCACAACAGAAUUUUCAUUCUACCUUUGUUGGAAAAAUUCCGAAUAAAAAGAAAGAGGAAGCCAUUCAAGCGUUACAGGAAUUUGUUCAUCACGGAGUUGUCGAAGAAAAGAAAUUGUAUCCAUUCAAAGCAAUUAUUGAGGAUUUUUUAGUAUCUCCUGUGGAGAGAAUUAAAAACAAAAAGGUGUAUUGUUUGUUUGCUGCUUUGAAAAUUGAAACAUUGAGGCAAGAUCAAAUGUCAUUUGUUCAAGCUCGAAGAAUGUGUGCUGACCUCACUGGAGGAAAAAUUGUUUAUAAUGAAAAUGAAGCACAUGUAUCAUUAAUUUACACCGAUGAAUCUCAUGUGGAGGAUUUAAAACAAAUUAUUUCUCGUUUUAAUAACAAAUUUGAAUUUGUGAUUGAUGAACUGGCGAUCAAAUUUUAUGAAGACACUGUCAAAAUUUCAUUAAGAAAGGAGUAA